AACCAACCAAACCAACCAAACCAACCAAACCCGAACCAAACCCGAACCAAGAAAAAAAGAAGCUUUCGUAUAAAUGUCAACCCGCCUUCCUGACCCACCUCCUCUCCCUCCUCACGCCCAAAGAACUAAUGUAGCACAACAGACACAGAAUUUACAGGGCAACGUUACUCUUCAUCAACAACGCGAGUCCUAACAAACAAAUCACACAUGAGGUGGGAGGGAAGGAGCUUUGUGUUUUUUGUAUUUUUUUUUCUUCUUCUUUAAUUAUAUAUUACAAGCAACGUAGUAGGCGAAAAGAACUAUUACAAGGGAAAGAUAAACGCAGCCAUUUUGUGCAAGAAAACUGGGCAAGUCCACAGCGGAAAAAAAGCUUCACUAUGAGUGAGAGGGGAGGGGGACGGGGGAGAAAGAAGCUAAGCUUUUAAAGUCCGGCAAGGGCAGCAAGACCGAGGGCGGCAACCGAGAGAACAUAGGGCAUGUUCAUCUGGAUCGAGGAAGCCAUGGACUUGGUGGUGGUAGGGGUGGAGCCAGCGGGGGCAGAUGCACUGGCAGAUGCACUGGCGGAUGCAGUGGGUGUGCUCGAGGCAUCGCAGUGGAGGAUGGGGGUCAAGCCGGAGAUACCGGCGGUGGCCUCACCGAUCUGGGUCGAGUUGCACACAGGGGUGGCACCGCUCGUGCACGAGGAAGCCGCGCCGGUGGCGGUGAACGCGGUCGUGGACCAGUGGCAGACACAGGCACGGGUCGCGGGCUUCUGGAUGGCAGCAGCAAUGCCCGUAACGUUGAGGUUGGCGGGGUUGAAGUUGUCCGUGAGCUCCUUCAGAUCAGCGGCGCUGAGGGUCGAGCAGGAGGGAUCCUUAUCGAACGAGCCGAACACGCACUGGGUGCAGGUGUUGUUGUCGAAGCUCAGGGCGUUGACGCUAGCGACGGCGACGGCGGCAAGGGCGAGGGUCUUGAACUGCAUGUUGACUAUAAAAGGGAUUGUAAGAAGGAGCUGCGGAGGUGUGUCUGUGACUGGAAGGUGAGGAGCGGGAGAGAGAGAAAGAGAGAGAGGGAGAGAAAGACCAAAAGGUAUUUAUAUGUCUUUUUUGUAGACGAAUGGUGGAG